ACGUUCUAUGCGUUAAGAGAGUUGACAGAUCUCCACGGACAGUAGAAAUCGUUCUCUGGCGAAGCUGCGUAAACCCUAAACUCGUCAAUGGCAGAUCCGAGCUCCGACCCCAAAAAGUACGCUCCCCCUUUUCAAAGGAAAUCGUCUGGGAAUCGCAAGAAGUCAGGAGAUCGGACAAGUAACCAGCAGAACAAGGAUCAUGAGAAAAGUCACCCUCUGGCUACUGGUUUUCAGAUGGAGAAAACUCCUCCAAGGAUAAUAACUCUCAAGGACUGCUCCAGGAGUGAAGCUUUUCAGCUUUUAAGCGAACGCUGGGCAGCUGCAAUGCAUCAAUACAACGACCCAACGGUGGAUUUAUCUGAACGACCAAUCAUGUACUAUGGAGGGAGUGUUUGGGGUAAACUACCUCACCAGAUUCUGGGUUCAGCAAACAAGACCUUGCCUCCACCGAGAUUGCCAACGGAUUACAGAAGUGAAGCGCGCCGAGGAUUACUGACUCCAAGAUCAUCUUCAAUCUCUAACAAAUGAAUUGUCCUCGUUCUGCUGAUGGAGCUCAUUUAGACUAGUGAAAUGGUGUGUGUUGAGAUGGCACAAGCGAUCAUGUGUCAAUAUGACUAUUGUUUUGUCUAGGAUAAAGAAGAUUACUUUUGUCUCGAACUGUCGUUUUCUCUGGUCCCUGAAAGUGUAAAAUCCCAAACCAGAGAUUUGACUAACCAUGACGUUACCAUCUCAUUUUGCUUUAAAUACAUGUAUCGUAAAUUUUACGAAGUUAG